GGUCCCGGUCCCGCUGUCAUUGAGGCUGUUGGGCCAGAAACAGGGCUCCAGUGAACAGAACCACAGCAGCAUGGACGGCUGCCCGCCAUAGCGUUUAUGUUGUUGUACUGAGCAGCUUCCAGUGCUUGACGCAGUGACCCGCUCGCCCUGGGCCUCGCAGCGGGUCCGGUUCAUGUUUCAACCGACAACAAUGGACCGAGUGAAGAGCUCCAUGCAGCAAGUCCCCAACGCUAUCCCCAAAGUGAUCCGACGGACCGGAGGGGCCAACAGCCUGGAGCUGGAGAGGGAAAACUUUGAGAGAGGGCAGGCUGUCAGCAUCAACAAGGCCAUCAACACACAGGAGGUCGCUGUCAAAGAGAAGCAUGCCAGGACCUGCAUCUUGGGGACCCAUCAUGAGAAAGGGGCUCACACUUUCUGGGCUGCAGUCAACCGGCUUCCCCUGUCCAGCAACGCAGUGCUCUGCUGGAAGUUCUGCCACGUUUUCCACAAGCUGCUGCGAGACGGACACCCGAACGGUCACCUGAGUGAAGGCUAUGGGAAGCUGUGCAGCAUCUACCUCAAACUGCUCAUCACCAAAAUGGAGUUUCACAUUAAAAAUCCUCGUUUCCCUGGUAACCUGCAGAUGUCAAACAGGCAGCUCGAAGAGGCGGGAGAGAACGACGUGAACAACUUCUUCCAGCUGACUGUGGAGAUGUUCGACUAUCUGGAGUGUGAGCUCAACCUCUUCCUGGGUGUCUUCAACUCCCUCGACAUGUCCCGGUCGGUGUCUGUGACGGCCGCGGGUCAGUGUCGUUUGGCUCCUCUGAUUCAAGUCAUCCUGGACAGCAGCCACCUGUAUGAUUAUACAGUGAAGCUGCUGUUCAAGCUGCACUCCUGCCUUCCAGCCGACACUCUGCAGGGCCACAGAGAUCGCUUCCAGGAGCAGUUUAAGAAGCUAAAGAGUCUUUUCUAUCGCUCAAGUAACCUGCAGUAUUUCAAGAGGCUGAUUCAGAUUCCACAGUUGCCUGAGAACCCUCCAAACUUCCUGCGGGCGUCUGCUCUGUCCGAACACAUCAGCCCCGUGGUCGUGAUCCCUGCUGAGUCGUCCUCUCCGGAGUCGGAGCACGUGGUGGAGACGGAUGACCUGGUGGACACGGACAUCCCUCCACUGCCGGCUCCCUCAGAGACCAAGUUUGACGACUUGUUUGGCACUUCAGCUGCUAUCGAUCCAUUUAACUUCAACAGUCAGAACGGCAUGCGCAAGGAUGACAAAGAUCAUCUGAUUGAACAGCUGACGAGGGAGAUCCAGGCCCUCAAAGAGGAGCUGGAGUCUUUCAGACUAGAGAGUGGUCGGCUGUGUCAGGCGCUGAGGGGGCGUGUCAACGAGCUGGAGGCGGAGCUCGCAGAGCAGAGCCACCUGAGGCUGCAGGCUGUGGGUGAGAGCGAGUUCCUGAAGGCAGAGCUGGAUGACCUGAGGAGGGUGAGGGAGGACACUGAGAAGGAGCAGCGGAGCCUGACGGAGAUCGAAAGAAAGGCUCAGGCCAACGAGCAGCGCUACACUAAACUGAAGGAGAAGUACACGGAGCUGGUUCAGAGCCAUGCAGACCUGCUGAGGAAGAACGCCGAGGUGACCCGGCAGAUGACUGUGGCCCGAGCAGCGCAGGAUGAAGUGGAGACGGUGAGGCGAGAGAUGCAGGAGAAGGUGAAGACGGCAAAGGACGCUGCAGACAGACAGGAGAGGGAGCAGCUGAAGCAGCUUCAGGAGCUCCAGAGAGAGCUGAUGUCCUCUCAGGUGGAGCUGGACUCCCUGAAGACCACCAUGGCCUCCUCACAGCAGACAUCGAGUGAAGUCCUCAGCUCUCAGCUGGCCGUCCUCGAGUCUGAGAAAGCCGAGCUGGUGCAGACUUUGUCGAAGGUAGAGGCGGAGCUAGAGGUUCAAGGGGAGGAGCUUCAGCGAGUCCAUAGCUCUCUGGCGACUGAAAGGGAAAGUGGGGUGAAGACGGCCGAAGCCCUGCAGAAUCAGCUCAACGAGAAGGAGAGCAGGGAGCAGGCUCUGGAGAACCAGUUGGUUGCAUCUCGCUGGACCAGUCUGCAGGGAGCUGUGGAGGAGGCAGAGAGGAUCAUCCAGGACUCGUUGGCUCAGAUCGACGACCCGGCACACAUCAGCUGCACCAGCUCUGCAGACUACCUUGCAUCAAGAUGCCAAGCCUCUUUAGACUAUAUGGAGCGAUUACAAUGUGCCACAGAGGCCUUUUUAGCUGACAACACAGUUGCUGUGACUGAGCUGGUGCGAGUGGUGGCCCAGUGUGGCCACCUGGUGGGCGACACCAUCGUUCAGGGUAGUGCCACAUCCCACAUGGUGCCUGUGGAGCAAGCCGAUGCUCUGACGGAGAGUGUGAAGCUGUGCGGCGCAGAAGCUCUGGCUCUGCUGGGACACAUGAAGCGCCAGGACGGCCUGGCUGCAGCGGACAACAGGAAGCUAAGAACUGCUCUGGAGGCCAUCAUGGCCACGGCAGAGAAACUUCGCCCCCGGGGUUUGGAGCUGCAGCAGGGGGAGCUGGGAGAUCUCGUGGAGCAGGAAAUGGCUGCGACCUCUGCAGCCGUGGAGUCGGCAGCAGCUAGGAUAGAGGAAAUGCUCAACAAGUCUCGAGCAGUUGAUACAGGAAUCAAGAUGGAGGUCAACGAGAGGAUCCUGGCUUCCUGCACGGAGCUCAUGCAGGCAAUCAAGGCGCUUGUUUUGUCCUCUAAAGAUCUUCAAAAGGAUAUCGUGGAGAGUGGGAGGGGGGCAGCGUCCAUGAAGGAAUUUUAUGCCAAGAACUCCCGCUGGACCGAGGGCCUGAUCUCUGCCUCCAAAGCAGUGGGAUGGGGUGCCACGGUCAUGGUAGACGCAGCCGACCUGGUGGUGCAGGGCAAAGGCAAGUUCGAGGAGCUGAUGGUGUGCUCGCGUGAAAUAGCUGCCAGCACGGCACAGCUGGUGGCUGCUUCCAAGGUAAAAGCAGACAAAGACAGCAGCAACCUGCAGCGUCUGCAGCAGGCGUCCCGCGGCGUCACACAGGCCACCGCCGCGGUCGUCGCCUCCACCAAGUCUGGGAAGUCCCAGAUCGAAGAAACGGAAACGAUGGAUUUCUCCAGCAUGACUCUCACUCAAAUCAAGCGGCAGGAAAUGGAUGCGCAGGUUCUGGUGCUGGAGCUGGAGACCCGUCUGCAGAAGGAGCGGGAGCGUCUGGGCGAGCUGAGGAAGAAGCACUACGAGCUGGCCGGCGCCUCGGAGGGCUGGGGCGAGGAAGAGGAAGGUACAGGGGUCUCAGCGUAAGCGGGGUCAGAGAUAAACGGAUGAAAAGGUGGAAGAGAAGCUUCACGUCUCCACUGCUCCAGCUCCACGUCGCAGCAGAGAUGCUACACGUUCUGCACAAGAGACAGGCUCAGCAGCGACCGUGCACAAACAGUGUUUCUGCAUUACUUCCACACGCUCUUAUUUUGUAACCAGGACGUUUGUUUCUCAUCCUCCUGAGUUCCUCCUUGUUCUUUUCUCACUGUGAGUGAAGUCCACGCCGCUCCACAGGCCGCUCCACAGG